GAAAAGUCCAGGUUCUUUGCAAUGUGUUUUAACGAGACCAGCGAAUUUCGCGAGUCCCAUGAACGCUGCAGCACACUCUCCAGCGAUUGCGGUGGCACCGAAGCCGUCGAGGCGCUUCUGGAUUGUAUUUACCGUGAUGAUUACAACUUGGAUCCGAUUCUCGAAACAAGUCCCUGCCAAGCCCUGUCGGUCAGACUCCAAAUGCUUGACUGGGCCAAUUACCUUGACACGGUCGACUCAAAGUUACAAGAGAAGGUUGUGAAAUGGUGCUCCGAGAACGCCGACUCUUUUACACAAAUCUCCCAACUGCCUACGAGCGUAGGAUUGUUGUACGAAAGACACUCGAUUGCGACUCCUCACAUCGAGGCAUGUCGCUCAAUUUUCAUAAAUCACGUUCAAGCACAAUUUCCCGAGAAGCAAGAGAUACCUGACUCGACGGAAAAUGCGUUUCAGUCGAUAUGCCGAUCGAAUAUGGACUUCACCAUGGACCUUCUGUACAGGUUCUCGAAGUUCAGGGCGAAAUCAGAAUCAAAAGUGUUGCAAUAUUUGAGAGCAGAGUGCCGUCACUGGUUUGUCGGUACUGAGUCAUUGAAGACUUUGCCACGGCAUCAGCAAGUUUCGACAGAAGGUGAACAUCAAUAUCUAUGCAGGCGGAGGUCAUGCCGAGGAUGGUUCACCACCAAGUGCAUGGAGGACGACCCUCAUGAAGAAAUGCGAUGUCCUUACUGCGAUUGGCGAGACUACGGGAGUAAAUGGGACGCGUUUCAUAGAGAUGCCCGGCCAUGACUGAAAGUCGCAUGACUACAGAUACAUUUACCGUAUCCCGCGGCGCGGCAACAGUCUGUCGCAAGGGGGAAUGGCAAAUGUACGGUGAGCGAAGGAGAUAGCAUGCUGGAUUGGUUAUUGUCGCAAUUCGAUCUUGGGAACUUGAUGUUAUGCUGGACACGAGCAUUCGGGAUGAAUUUGUAUGUAGCAAAGAAGAAUGCACGAAGUCACGA